AUGGGACAGGAUACUAGCAUUGAUAUUGAUGCUAGUGGAAGUAAUGUUGCUGGAAACAGAGCAACUACGACUGCAGCCAGUGAGAAUACUUUAACAGCGACUGUUACUGGAACCAUUGCAGGAAAUACUGGAGGAAAUACUAUAGGAAAUACUGGAAAUACUACAGGAAAUGCUAUAGGAAAUACUGCAACUCAAGAUAUUACUGCAGCAACUCUAUUGCCCACCAUUUCCCUGCAGCUGUCUGAGCCAAACCCACUGCCGGCUUUUCCUAUUCUGGAUCACAGAGAGUUUCUUACUACUCGAGACAGAGGAGAGCUUCGGUUUAUUAUCAUGCGGACAGUAGUGAUGUUGUUGGAGACUACUAUAGCCAUCACUGCUCUAGUUCUCUCUAGAAACAGCACUUAUCCUCGCUUCUAUCUCAUAUGUGUUGCUGGACAUGCUAUCAUGCUGCCACUAGUGUUGAUCUUGGCUCCUCGCUACUUUCAAACCUCUCGAGAACUCUCUCGUCAGCAACACAGAAUCAAUGAGGAAUAUCGCAGACGAAGAUAUAUUAAUGCCAUCGAUCUGCCAUUUCUAAUCUUGCUCGUCGCUGGCUUGAUUGCUCUCAUGUCUCCCUCUCGUUGUCUAGAAACUGCUCCCCUUAUUUACUAUGCAAACUCUAUCCUCGUUGUCUUGAGCUUCAUGUACUUUUGCUCUCCGUUUCUCUUGUGCAUCGUCGCCAUCUUCUUUCUACCUUGUAUCUUCUUACUAUCCAGAUACUAUGAAACUCAUCCUCCAGAUAUUCUUGAUGGCAGUAGAGGUGCUCCCGAAGAGCUGAUCAACGGCAUUCCUAUUCUAAAAUUCCGUCGCAAAAUCGCUCCUGAUAAUACUGCUUUGACUUUUGCUGCGCUGGAUAAAUCCGCUUCUAUUCAUAGCCCCAUCUUAAUGGAACAAUUUCAUCACUCGGACGACAAUGCGACGUCUGUACUCGAUAUACAGCCUAUUAAUACUCAGACUGACGAGGCUGCUUUUAUCGAGUCCCCUAAAAAUAUUGUCAAAUCCAUCCAGGAUCUUACCCAUACUGUCCAACCCAUCCAGGCUGAAUCUCCUCAAAACUCAAAGUCAAAAAAACGCUACUUUCGUUUACUUUCAAAACCUCUUCGUUUUGGUAAAGCAUCUUCGUCUACUGACAUCACUGCUCCUCCUGCCCCCACUUUCCUUGAACUCGAUGAAGAAGACGCGCAUUGUAUCAUUUGUCUUGCCGAGUAUGAUAGUGGUGAUGAUUUGAAACAGAUGCCUUGCAAACACCACUUUCAUGCCAUAUGUGUUGAUGACUGGUUAAGACUAAAAUCCAAUUGUCCGCUUUGCAUCCAAGAGUUGCAAUCCGAUCCAAAACAGAAAUCAACUCGGACAAGAUAGUCGCUCUAUAGUCCAUUCGUGUUUUAUCAAAUUUUAAAUGCUGUAAACUCUGUAAUUGUAUGUCUCCAGAGUGAAUAACUAGGUUGGUCUGUUUGGUAAAUGCAUAUCAAUCUUGUUAUAUAUUUUCUUGAAAACUAGUCUUGGCUUCUGUCUUGAUUGCAAGGCAAUGGUUAAUGAUGCUUGCCAUCUGAAACUUUUACUCUAUUAUACUUUUUUUUAAAAAUCAAACUAUAUUACCAAAUAAAUUCUUGCUACUCUCAAGCUC